GCCAAUUUCAAAAUCGAGGUCGAUCCGUCGAUAUCUCAAUCACGAAAAACGACGUCGUAGGAACAUGUCUUGGCUGGCUCGCUCCAUCGCCGACAGUCUCCGCCUCGACCACGGCGAAGAAGAUGCGACGCCGGCGGUGGAGGAUGUCAAUGAGCCCGUAGCCGACUCCGUUCCACGUCCCACUGAGAACGACGCCGUGCUCCGGGAGGAUCAGCCUCGCCACUCCACCUUCUCAAUCGAUGAUCGCCCGCCGGAAAGUGAUGGCGGCGCCAGUGACAAUCACGGCGUCGACGAAGAUUUCGACGCCGAUUUCUAUCGCCGUGGGGUAAAAGAGGAUUUAUCGGAAUUUCGGGAAAGCCUCACGCGUCAAUUUUGGGGCGUUGCUACUUUUCUCGCUCCUCCGCCCCCGCCUCUCCCUCCGCCGCCGUUUGUUAAUAAAUCGAGCAUACGAUCGAAAUCUGAUCCAGCAGGUACGGUCAAUGCUGACGAUGAGGAGGAACAAGAAGAAGAAUUGUCGGAUUAUGAUGAGAGAGGGUCUGGUGAAUUGGGGGAAUCUGCGGGAUUUUCUCCACCGAAGGAUGACGAUGCAUUUCAUUUUGAGGAUGCAGUAGGGAUUACUGAGGAAGUGUAGGCAUUUGCGAGGAACAUCGCGCUUCAUCCAGAAACUUGGUUGGAUUUCCCAAUAGAGGAAGAGGAGUUUGAUGAAUUGAAUUGAUUGUGGAUGGCUGAUAGAAUGAGAAAGUUGGACUACCUGUGAAUGCUGUAUAAUCUGAUUUUGAUGUAUCCGAGGCCCAGUACAAGCAUUUGUUGGCAAUUGAACAUUUAGCGCCAAGAUUAGCAGCUCUCAGAUUUGAACUUUGUCCAGUCCAUAUGGGUGUGGGCUACUUUUGGAUGGUCUAUUUCGUUCUUCUACACUCAAGGUUGAAUAAACACGAUGGUACCCUGCUGUCUUCGCCACAGCUUGCGCAAGCUAGGGCCAUGUGGAUACAUGAGCUACAAAAACAAACUAAAGGGGACUCCUAUUGGUCAGGAAUAAGUAGUUUCCAAUCCAAAGGUAGCAUGGACUCACCCCUUGAAAAUAUUGUCUGCACUUAUGAUGAUGUCCAGUAUGGAACUGAGACAGACUGGAGGUCAGUUUCUGAAUCUUCAACGCAUCAAAUGACCACUGAGCAUGAGAUUGAGAAGCAUGUACUUGACGAAAUUCAGUUUGUUGACAAGUCUGUUAUCAAGGAAGAUCCACCAGCCAUGCUUCUGGAUAAGGAGAUUGCUGUGGGUUCUUCUGUAGAAAUUCCUGUGCCAGUUGUGGUUGUUGUUGUUAAUGAUGAUGACGAUGACGAUGAUGAUGAUGACUGGCUUAAGGAUGACUCGGACUUAAUUGGGUAUACUGGCACCCAGUGGCGGAUCUAGGGGGGGGCAGGAGGGGGCGGUCGCCCCCUCCGUGCGACUAUUUUCCCCUUAUCGGGACGUAAAAUUACCAUGUCCGCCCCCUCCGUUUGCCUCCGGCGUCACCCCGAACAACGAAAAGAAUAGCCAUGUCCUCACUCAAUCAAGCUAAUACUAUAUAUUCCGCCCCCUCCGAUUCCGGAUCCUGGAUCCGCCACUGCUGGCACCUCACUUAGUUUGAACGAAGAUGAUAUAUCAUUUAGUGAUUUAGAAGACGUUUUAGACUCUACUGUACCAUAUAAAUACAAAACAACCACAGCUGAAAGGAAUAGAAUAACCAAAACUCCAUGAGUCGAUCUGCCAGGGGAGAUCGCUCUAGAGAUCAUCUCUCGGGGGGGUGUGAGUGGAAUUUGUGCUUGCCUUUCUCAGUUCACACACGUAGCACCCGUAUUCAUCUGGUUUUCCAGAUUGAAGGAGUCAUGAGUCGCUUGUGGAUCACUCAAAUACUGGUUUUCGAGAUUGAAGGAGUCGUGAGUCACUUGAUCAAGCUUGGUUGGUUGUGCACGAUUUACUACACUUCUGGUAAGACCAUCCUUGAACCCUAGCUGCUGAAGUUCGCUGCACACGAUGAGAUUAUAGCGGAGGUAAAUAUUCGAUGAUGUCAUGGAUUUAGUAUAUUGUAUGAUCGCUAAAAGCAGUGAGCAGGAACGCCCUUUGUGUUAAUUGAUAUCUUGAAAAGCUGAAGCCAACAGUUUUUGGCUUAGCCUUUUGUAUUUGUUGUUAGACAACUAUAGAUUCAAAUGUAAGAUGUCAAACUACAGCUGUUUGAAUGUACAUAUGACAAGGAAAUGCAAAAAAUUAUAAAUGUUUGAAUGA